AUGCCCCUCUACGACGUCGAGUACGUAACUCCGCUUACCUACGCCCAGCAAGAGCAGCUGGCCAACGCCUUUACCGCCGCACACGCCAAGCGUUUCAACACGCCGCGCUUCUUCGUCAACGUCCGCUACAUAGACAUUGUAUUCCGCGGCGGCGUCCGUCGCAAUUACAAUCGUGUGAUCCUGCGCACCGGGGCGGGCAGCAAUCGUACCAAUGAUGUAUACUUGGAGCACUGCAGACAGAUCGUGGAGGAGUGGAAGAGAGUGGUGGGCAGGGAGGGGGAGCAGGGGCUGCGGACGGUGUGGGCCCUGGAAGCUGUGACGGCAGCUCUGGAAGCGGGCAUUGGCAGGCCAAAAACAGACGAGGAAGACGAGUGGGUGCAGGCGAACAUGGUACAGUUCCAAGAACUGGCUGCAGCAGGUGACGAGGAUUACAUCGAGCUCUUAAGGGAACUGGACGGAAGGGAGGCGGACUGA